CUGUAUAUCAGGACUUGGCUCUCUGCGCCAGACAGAUACCCACCUAUCGCCAUCAUGAUUCCUCACUUUGGAGAAUACAUCACCAUCAAGCUCGACCCAGUCGCGUCUCUCCAGUCUCUGAACGACGAGGAGGUCACCAAGGCAUGCUCAGUAUUGGAAGCCAAGACCUAUGUUGCUUGUGCUACCUAUCUUUUCUCGUUCCCUUUGCCCGGGGUUGAUUGGAUAUCCGUCGGAUUGCACCUAGUCUCUCAAGGGCUUCCAGAACCGGGUCCCUACGGCUUUACUAUGGCCGACAUGUCUGUCCCCAUCUUUCCCACAACAGCCCACCCGCUUUCGCGACGGUCAGUCAAACCCGGCACCCCCCUGCCAUGGCCAGACUGUUUCCACCCCUCACUGGGUACCGCAAGAUGCCGCGUCAAAAACGAUUUCACCAUCGGUGAUCCGUGGCCGGACUCGCCGUAUCAGCUGGAUAGCCAUGAUCAGAUUGUUCUUGAGAAAUAUUUUAGAGAGGAUUCAGAACGCAGGGAAGUCUAUGCACAGGCGCAGGGGCCAGCUGGAGCACCUUUGAAGGAGUCCCCGUCUCGAACAGACGAUGCUGGAGUUGACGUGGACGAACAGCGUGAACCAUCUAUCGCGCCCUCGACUCAAGAUGCUGAAAGCCGAUAUUGUCAAUCAGAGAAAGAUGCUCCAAUAUCUCGCCCUAAACGAUUUUCCUCGCUGUCAUCUCUUCUUGGCGGGCUACUAGCGAAGGCUCUGUCUUUUGUCCCUUGUUUACGUGCAGACUUUGUCGACGACGACGACAACGCUUCGGUCUGGUCUUCCGAUCCCAUUUUCUCUCUCAAUAUCUUUGGCAACUCCCCUCCGGAUACUAUGCCCGUGGUUAACGUCUCGGAUGAUCUGACAUCGGUCGUGCUGCCUAUAAACGAUCCUUGGGGCUUUAUUUAUGAAGUGAAGGCCCUGCAAAAAAUUGAGGAAGAAUAUCACGAACGGGUCAAGGCGAAAGUACAAGCUGAUAUCGGACGUGCACGACAAAAGGACGAAGACCUCCAUGCCCGACUUCAAUCGAAAAUGCCAAAUCGUGGUUCAUCUCCCAACGAGGGAGACACGGUUCUCCCAGUCUCUGCUGCGAAAGAAUACGUUGUUCUCAAACUCGACCCCGUUGCUUCCUUGGAGUCACUGAACGAUCCUGAGGCAACCAAAGCCUGUCAAGCUCUAGAGACCAAGAAUUAUGUUGCCUGUGUCACCUAUCUUCUCUCCUUCUCUUUGCCUGGCGUCGAAUAUGUAUCCGUCAACAUGACACUGCUUUCACAAGGCCUAUCUAAAGAACACCAAGAGUACCUCGUCACGCCCGAUAUGUCUGUUCCCGUUCUACCCAACAUCUCCAAUCAACUUUCAAGGCCGCCACUGAUGCCGACGACGCCUCUGCCAUGGUCGGACUGCUACCACUCCACUCAAGCUGUGGCUACAUGUCGUAUUCGGAGUGACCUCACCAUUGGGAAGCCAUGGCCCAAUCCUAAGUACCAACUUAAAGGCAGAGAACUGUUUCUCUUGAGCCAGGGCUAUUGUAGAGAGGAUGGGGAUCGCAGGGCAGCUAUGAAGGAA